AUGACUGACAGGUACCACAAGGCAGCCAGGGAUGGCUACCUAGGUCCCUUAAAGGAGGCCACAAAGAGGGAUCUGAACAAUCCGGAUGAGGAUGGGAUGACCCCGACACUUUGGGCGGCAUAUCACGGCCAUCUGGAGGCCCUGCAGCUCAUCUGUAGCAGAGGUGGUGAUCCCGAUAUAUGUGACAUCUGGGGCAAUACACCCUUGCACCAUGCUUCAACCAAUGGCCACCUUCACAUUGUCACCUUCUUGGUUAACUUUGGUGCAAAUAUUUGGGCGUUGGACAAUGACUUCCAUUCUGCCAUGGAUGCCGCUGCCAGUAAGGACCGAAUGGAAUGUGUCCGCUUCCUGGACACAGCCGCCACCAAGCAAACCGUCAUGAAUCCGAAACAGGUUGCCAGGUUAAAAGAAAAGGCAUUAAAGGAUAGUGAGAAACAAAUCAAACUGUGUGAAAGACGCAAGAAAAAGCACCAAAAUCGGAUGAACAAGAAAUACAGCCGGGAGAUGGAAAGCCAAAACGAAGGUGCUGCUUCAGUACAGAGUGGAACUAUAUCCAGUGUCAGUGACCUCUCUAAAGUAAGUGACUCACAACACAAAGGUAGCAUUUCUUCCAUUAUCAAAGGAUCUCUACAGAAGAGACUUAAGAAGAAGGAUAACAGCAAAAGCUUCACUCAGCAGCGAUUAGAAAAGGAUGUCAUUUUUGUAAGGCAAGAACGAGACAGUGGGAAUCGGGCCAAUGUACUGGAUGUGUUUAAUGAACAAGAUGAAGAGAAUGCAGCCUUUUCUGAGUUGAAAUCCUCUGACUAUGAUAACAACUUCGGUCACGAGUCUCUCUUUAAUCGACCUGGAUUGGGAAACAUGCUGUUCAGAAGGAAUUUUGUCCUGGGUUUGAAUGUGGAAGAGGAAAUGUUCAGCAGUAAUGAGGUGGAAGACAUUGGUUCCAAAUUGCGUAGUGAGGUGUUGAAGCCCAAGGAAGUGUUUCCAGAUCUCGAAACAUUCAGUAAAGAAGAGGAAGAUGAUUUGCUCUGGGAUGAAGAUGAUAUCGGUCUGGAUGAUGAUGAGCCUGAGACGACACCACUUGAAACCUUCCUGGCAUCUCAGAAUUUGACGGAGUUCAUUCCUUUCCUGACAAGAGAGCAGAUUGACCUGGACUCCCUCAUGCUGUGCACUGACGGAGAUCUGAAAAGUAUCAAUCUGCCACUCGGACCACGGAAAAAGAUUAUUUCUGCCGUAGAAAGAAGAAAGUUAGUUUUGGAAACACCAAACAACCUAGUGGAUACUGUAUUGUAA